AUGUCACAUCACCCACCGAAUUUACAACGUCGAGCUCAGACGUAUGACGCAUACUCGUCAGACUAUGCAGAUGGAGCAGGCGAUAGGACAACAGGGUCGGUGAGAAGUAAGAGCAUGCGGAAUCCUCAACAUCAACCAGAUAUCGAUCCAGACGACCCACCUCUACCAUCUUAUUCCGCUCUGAUGGCAUCUGAAUCUGCUGCUGGUGGUGGUGGUGGUGGUGGUGGCUUAUCUCACUCCCCUCAACCCAUGACAGACUCUGCAUCGUCAAAUCACGCCCGUGUGCCCAGCUUAGAUCAAACACCCUACGCUCCGGUCGAUUACGGACCUCCAUCUUCUGGGUAUUCCUCCAGGGAUAAUUACGGUUACGGAUACGACGGUAAUCCCAAUCCCAAUCCUAAUACAAAUCGACUGUCAGGGAGUAGUAUCGGUAGAAGACCUGUAUCUGAUCCAAACAACAUCAAUUUCAAUCAGCUAUCACUCACUUCCAACUCGCAUGGUUCCCCUCCCAAUCCACCUCUUCGUCAGCAAACUGCACCACCCCAUCAGCAAUUUCCUCCUCGUGGUCCACAGCCCAGACAGCGAACAGCGACAGGUGGAUAUCCAGCGGAUAACAUGGAUGGCGCAGCUAGUGUUUACAGUCUAGAUUCAGGUAUGGGAGCGUAUUCUGGAGUAGGAGGUCAACUGGCGUCACAUCAUCCUCAACAGCAAUAUCAGGCCCCCAAUUACGAUCCAUACGCAGGAGGAUACGCACCACCACAAGCUCAACAACCUGGACCUGGACCUGACUUCUCCAACCCUUAUUACAACGCCGCCAACGAUUUCUUAGGUCUCCCGCCUGGGUCCGAACAGUACGCUCCUCCCGUAGCUAGUUCGUCCAGCAGUCGCGUACCUACCCGUCAACAAAGUAUGACAACGUUAGCUAGAACGAAUACCAGCGCUACGACCCUUUCCAACGCUUCUUCCCUAUCGCUAUCUCGCAAUGUCACAGAGCAAGUAGGAGCUUCGUCAACCCGUAGAAGAGGUACUCAAGCAGCUGUAGAUCUCAACAAACCGCCUUACACCAAACAGUACGUGGACGAUUAUCGAAAACGUAUGAAGGAUGAUCCCGACCCCGAAGCUCAAUUCGCAUUUGCCAAAUACCUCAUAGAAGCCGCUAAGAAGAUUGGUGAUGAGAUUAGUCAAACGGAUUCUAAAUUGGGUAGGAAAUAUAGGGACGUGUUGUUGCAAGAAUCAUUAAGGAAUAUCAAGAAAUUAGCAGAAGGCAAAGAACCUUAUCCCGAUGCUCAAUUCUUCCUUGCCAAUUUAUAUGGUACAGGUCAGUUAGGUCUUCAAGUCGAUCAUGAGAAAGCGUACUAUCUCUAUCUUAUGGCUAGUAAAUUGAAUCAUCCUGCUGCGACGUACCGUUCAGCGGUAUGUAAUGAGAUCGGAGCAGGGACGAGGAAAGAUCCCAAUCGUGCGGUACUGUUCUAUCGAAAGGCCGCUGCGUUGGGUGAUACGGCCGCAAUGUAUAAAUUAGGUAUGACAUUGUUAGGUGGAUUAUUAGGUCAACCGCGUAAUCCCCGAGAAGCGAUAGUAUGGUUUAAAAGGGCUGCUUCUCAAGCCGAUGAAGAUAAUCCUCAUGCGUUACAUGAACUGGCACUGUUACAUGAAAGACCUAAUAACGGUGGUGUAGUACCUCAUGAUCCGAAUAUGGCAAGAGAACUAUUCACUCAAGCUGCUCAAUUGGGAUAUGCUCCUGCUCAGUUCAAAUUGGGUAGUUGUCAUGAAUUCGGUACGUUAGGUUGUCCGAUAGAUCCUAGAAAGAGCAUAGGCUGGUAUACCCGUGCAGCGGAGAAAGGUGAUAUGGAAGCGGAGCUGGCAUUGAGUGGAUGGUAUUUGACUGGUAGUGAGGGCGUACUGAAACAAUCGGAUACGGAAGCGUACCUGUGGGGAAGAAAGGCGGCGAACAAGGGAUUGGCUAAAGCUGAAUAUGCGGUUGGAUAUUACACUGAAAUUGGUAUAGGCGUCAAGCAAGAUAUCGAGCUUGCCAAGAGAUGGUAUAUGCGAGCAGCAGCUCAACAGCAUAAACGAGCGAUGCAACGUUUGACCGAGUUGAAUAAUGCCAAAAACCCGAAAGGUAAAGGUAAUAGGCCGACAAGGCAUGAAGCUUCAGCAGAGUGCACUAUCAUGUAG